AUGUAUAAUGAUGAUGGAGCGGCCAGUGAAAACAUUCUUAACAAUAGCUUAUGGACAACCUUACCAAAUUUGAAUAAAAAAAUAUCGAAGAAACUCGUGCAGGGAAAAGGGGAAGAAGUGGCUAUGAUUAGCUUCUGCAAAAGUAGCUUUAAUUCGAUACUCGGCAUCCCCGAUUCCGACGAUCUCCGUAAUCCUCCUCAUCGUUGGAGCCACAUUCUCCCCCAAAUCGACCGCGGAGGCCUCCGUCUCCUCGCCUCCGAUUCUCCCAAACCCCCUCACGUCGUCGAAUCCCCUUCUAUCAGUCCCGCAACCAGCGUUGAGAAGUCGCCGGAUCCCGGCGCGUGGGGCCUUCACGAAGCGACGGCGGUUGCCGGCGGUCUCGGCCUCUGUACAGAGAGUCUUGGAUCGGAGAGCUGCGAUAGCGGGAUCGAAAUUGACGACGGAGAUGACUCCGCGCCGGAGAUCGAGAAACCGAAUACGCGAAGGCCAUCGCAGAGGCGUCGGGCGGAGGUGCGAUUCCCUCCUCCGCUUCCAUGGAUGAUGGGAGGCGGAGGUCGUAGGAGCAGGUUCUUGAAAGCGGAGCGAAGGGAUGGGCGGUUUCUGCUCACUGAGAUCCAGAUCGAACCGCAGCCGGAGAUUCUUCGCGCCAUCCGCAGCGACGGUCGGCUUCGUCUGGAACUCGUCGAAUCGGAGGAAGAAGGCGAUGAGGAGGCGAUCGAUUGUUCCGACGGGGAAGCGAGUUCGCCAGAGAUGGUGGAGAUCGCGGGAGAGGAAAGAUCGGAGCAGACUGGGGAACGUUGGGAGUUGCCGCUGGUGAGGAAUGAAGGGCAAAGGUGCGUUGAGGCGGGGAGCGGUGAGGGAGGGACGCCGUUGUGGUGGAAUCACCGCCUGGCGACGACUUAGGGAGAGUGAGCAAAGUGAGGCUGGGAAUUAAGAUGGGGUGGAGCGGUAAACUCACCUCUUGCUGGUGCCAGGCUAGCAUUCAUAAGGAUCGUGGUUUCCAAUAAUAGUAAACAUAAAACGGCGAUUCUGUUGAGGAUGAUAUUAAUGAUGAGAUAAUGGUGACCAUUCAAAUAUAUUCAAUUUUUUUUUCCUGUAAAAAUGCGGUUUUGAGAAUUGAUUGGGAUAUUUCUAAGACUACGGUUCAAGUGUUUUUGGUUUAUUUGGGAAUUUAGAUGUUGGUGCAGUAAGAAAUGAGAAAGGUGUAAUUUUCUUAAUUUAUUUGGACUGCAUUGAAAAAUUAGUAAAAAAGUGAACUGGGAAGAGGUUUAUUAUAUGCGUUGAAAAGGGAAGUUUUUUGUGUGACAGUUGGGGACUAUGCUGUCGCCAGCUAGUUGUAAUUGCUUAUUAGGAGAC